AUGCUUCUAAACAUCGUAAGUUACAUUUGGCCAACCGUUUCCACAGAUAUUAUUCCAUUAACUCUUGACACGUACAGAUAUCCCAAAACUUUAUAUUCGUCAAACAACGAAUUAAUUGGUCAGAAAUACAGAGACAUUGUUGAACAUUUCGGUAUAGCAGAGCGCGUAGCUUCGGAUACAAACAUUAUAAAUGCUCUUCUAAAUUCUUCCAUGAAAGAUAUUGUGGAAUACCGAAAUAAUCUUAUCAUAUCUGCCGAAUUUAAUGACACUGAAAGUAACGUGACGUGGGCUAAUGGUUUUUAUUCCGGCUCAGCAAUUCACAGCGUGCCGUUAACGAUAAAUCUCUUAAGUAAUUCGUUGAUCAAAGCUUUCGCUAGCGAUAAAUAUUCGAUCAUUGCGUCUAGGCAAAAAUUACCGAAUACACUAUUUUCGACUGCGAUUCAAACGGCGGAUCUGCAAUUUUUCGUUUUCAUAUUCUGUUCAUUCUUCUUUUCCACUGUGUCACUUUUUGUGGUGCACCCUUUACAAGAAACAGAGACAAAAGUUAAACAACUCCAGCGCAUGACCGGUGUCACAUCG